GCGGGGGGCGGGGGGGCGGGAAGCGCGCAGCGCGGGGGAGCCUCUCGGGUGCCCAGGCCUACCUCCCCUGUGUUGGUGCAGGCCCAGAUUCACAUGGCUGUCCCCGGUGGCGAUGUUCCGGUCGGGGGGGCGGCCCGGCGUGGGAAGGACCCUCAGACAGGCGCCGGCCUAGCUCGGUCCACAGGCGGCGGCCUCGCACGCGGUGGGGAUGCGUUCAGGGAUGCAGAUGGAGCGACACCAGGCCAGUCACGUCAGUCGGGAGGUCCCGCCUCCAGGCACCGUUCGGAGUCUGGGAGGGUUGACCGGAGGGGCAGUGGUGCUCAGGCUGCAGCCGCAGUGCUGAGGGAUGAUCUGAUUGAAGAGUUCAGCAGCGAUGGAUACGAGAGCCCUCGGGGGGUGGUGGCUCCCAUACCUGUCACAACGCCAGCUGUGUCCAGAGGUCGGGGAAGGAGUGAGGAGGUUCGUCAACGACCACACGGGCAGGCGGCGACCGGUUCCAGCAGCAGUGAAGAGGGGGAGCUGCCGGAGGACCCCGCGGAGGAUGGACGUUAUGGGAACCUGUCGGCUGGAGGACCUUCACGGCCGCGCCGAACCGAUCCCCAAGGUUGUCUGAUUUGGAUCCUAGGACAUUCAUUUGUGUUUUGGGGGGCAAGAAGGGCGGAUGUCAAGCCUGGGGGGAGACAGCUGGGGGUGCCCAGGGAGGAAGGAAGGGUACGAUGGAUAGGGAUUAGGGGUCUCAUGUGGCAGAAGGUGUUACCCGAAGUUCACAGGGGGGCUAGCUUAGACAGGGCCCCGGACAUUUUGGUGAUACAUGCGGGGGGGAAUGAUUUGAGCGUCCGGCCGAUGCGCCAGGUGAUCAAAGACAUACAAUGGGAUAUACGCCGACUGCGGGCCUCUUUCCCUGACCUGAUCAUUGUUUGGUCAGAUAUUGUGGCUCGCAUGGCCUGGAGGGAGGCCAGGUCAUUGGAGCGUUUGGAUAAGGCCCGGAUAAAGGUGAACAGAGAAGUGGGCAGGUUUGUGGUGCAGCAAGGUGGGAUAGCGGUUCGCCAUUCAGAUUUAGAAGUUGAGACUUGGAGGUACCUGAGGGGGACGGGGUUCAUCUCAACCCGAUCGGGAUCGAUCUUUGGGCUCUGGGAUUGGAGGAGGGCGUUAGGAGGGCUUUCCUGGUGUGGCGGCGGGCCCAAGUGUGAGGUGGUCCCACUUGUGCCGCGGUGGCGGUGGGUUCCCCUGCCGUUUGGUAGAAAUAGACGGUGGUUAGGUAAAAACGGUGGGGGGGCAUAGUUACAGGGAUGGUGUCUGCCUUGGUGGUCUGGUGUCAGUCUGGACCACCAGGGGAGAAGUGGGUGGGUCUGUGGUCAGCUAGGUCUUCGAGUCGGUAGUCGCGACUGGGGACAUGUCGUUAGCUAAGAGGGUACCACAGGCCCAAAAGAGUGAUCAGGGGUUGUCAGGGGGACUGACAACCAAGGUAUGGUUAAAAGGUUUAACAAUUGAGGAAUAGGUUAAAUAUUUAAAGUUGGGUGAUAUAUAUAUGUAUAUGAUGGUGUAUAUAUAUAUAUAUAUACAGUUUUUGUAUUUGUUAAUAAAGGCCUACCAGGCCAUUUUAAAUCCA